GAGAAUGUGAGCGGAACUCUGGGAGCUCAGCCAGAUAACACGAACUUCCUUCAUUCUGUGAGACAUGGAUGCCGUUAUAAAUGCGGCUCGGAGCUCCUUCAACUCAUGACUUUGGACACUUUACAAACGUCGCAACUUUACGCGAACAUCGUUACAUAACGCGUCAGCAGAGAUGAGAGAAAUGCUGGGAAUGGCGACGGCGCUCGUUCUUCUCGGGCUUUGUCCCGCGAACGCGAAUAACGGACAUUGCGAGGAUGAAAAGUGCUUCAGUAUCCACGCAAACACGGCGAACUUCUCCGCGGCGAGCCGCGCGUGUAAAGAACGAGGCGGACAUCUGAUGAGCGUGCGCACGGAACAAACCAGCAGCGUGCUGUCGGAUCUACUAGAAAACGGCAACGUUACUGGAGACGUUUGGCUUGGACUGGAAUACGUCGACGCCCGGUGUUUAGACUCAACCGGCGGGUUGAAGGGAUACAAGUGGGUCACAGGGGACGAUACGACCCACUACAGCAACUGGAAAAUCGCGGACGCGGUGUGUUUUUCGCGUUGCGUGUCCGUAUCCAAAAACGCGCAGACAUGGAACGAAAGAUCGUGUCAGGAGAUCUUACAGGGCUACUUGUGUGAAUACAAUAACACGGACAACUGUCAGCCGCUGGGCACCAAUGCAUCAUACGAAACCCCUUUUGGAUUUACGAGUGAUUACCUAAACAAAAUUCCCAGUGGAUCCUUAGCGACCGCGCAGCCGCUGGGGACGCGCUACCUUUGUUAUUCAGGCAUGUGGAUUCAAGCACCCUGGAGCUGUGAAGUGUUUGGUGGAGGUUGUGAACAUAACUGCGACAGGACGCCAAAAGGCCACGUGUGCAUCUGCCCGGUCGGGUUCAAAAUCGACAUGAACGGGGUCACUUGCAGCCAAAAUGAUGACCCGUGCGCGCGGGCUGGAUGCGCAUAUGAGUGCUUCAGUUCGGGCGCCACGUUUGUGUGCGCCUGUGGCCCGGGAUUCCAGUUGCACGCGGAUGGAAAGGCGUGUGAAGAUAUAAACGAAUGCACUGAUACGAGUGCGUGUCCGGGUGCGAACGAAGAGUGCGUCAACACGCUCGGCAGCUUUAAGUGUCAAUGCGCACCCGGAUUUGAGGAUAAUAAGGGUGGCCCGUGCGUGGACGUAGACGAGUGCGUUUCGGGACCGUGCGAACACAAUUGCGAAGACACUAUAGGCGGUUACAACUGUUCGUGUGGUGAAGGUUUCAGGCAAUCGAAAGAGGACAUGCACAAAUGCGAAAGGUACUGUCCUACAUUUGAAUGUCCCGCAGACUGUGACAUCAAUAAUAAUGCCCAGUGUCACUGCCCGGACGGCUUCAUCGCUGAAGACAAAAGUUGCUUUGAUAUAGACGAAUGCGACAGUGGACACUGUGACCAGGGAUGUGAGAACACACCUGGAAGUUUUACAUGUUCCUGCAACGAAGGGUUCAGGCUCAUUGUCAACGGAAUUUGUGUAAAAGAUGAAUUUGAGGGUUCGGGCACCUCGGACCCUUUCGAUUCGUUUACACCCCCGAGCAGACCCCCGGCGGCUAAGCCCGCGUCACUUUCAGCUGGGAGUCUGUUGGGAAUAAUGGUUUGCACUGUGAUCUCUAUUCUAUUACUGGUGUGCCUCGCGCACUGCGUGAGAAGUAAAAUGCACCACUAUGAUGUGUACAAAGGUCACGAUGAGAUCUACGAUAUUCAACAGGUGAUCAUUGACAAAAACACGUAUCUGUCCUACCCCAACAGAUAUUUGAAGAGAGAAACCUAAACGCAAAGCCCACACUAACGGACAAAUGUACAUACUGGAGAAAAUGCACAUGCUUGUUUUUUGUAAGGUAAAACGACUGAAUGUAACUUUUGUGAAAUUCUUUUUUUGGACACAUUGCACACGUUUGAAAACACUUUCAGUAUUAUAAUGAUAUUUGUCUAAAGAGAAUAAAUAUUAUUUUGAUAUUUAA